AUGUUUGGGAAGGCGGUGAGGCCUUGGGAGGCGGCUAUGAAGGGGAGGGCCUGGGAGAGGGACUCAUCCAUGCCAACGUGGCUCUUCAAGAGGAAGGCGAACAGGACAGUGAGGAUGAGGGUGGAGAACAUGGCCGAGAUGCCGAUGACCACCGAUUGCCGACGAGGCCGGAACAUCAUGCCCGUGUCCGACCCAACUCCGAUGGCGAAGAAGAAGAACAUGAUUCCAAAGGCAGCCAGCGUCUCGAGGAUAACCACGCUGCGGAUUGGGAAGAGUGUCUUUGAGAUGCUGGGGUCGUGGCCGAGGAGGGACGAAAACGACAUGAGGAAAAGGGUGUUGAUGAGCAACCUUGAGACUUCAUCUUUUUUGUCUCUUCACACGCACAUAGGCACUUGCACACUUGAGCAGAAUGGGUGGUAA